CUUCCGUGUAUUGUACAACAAAGGCCUGUGAAAACCACAGGGUGUUCAACCCAAAGCUGUCAUCUACAUAUUACACCACUGGUAACGAAACCUUUGUCCUGCCCUAUGGGUCUGGUGACUUGAGUAUAAGGGUAGGCUUUGAUACUGUUCGGGUCCAGAAUAUUGUCGUUCAAAACCAGGAGUUUGGCUUGAGUGUGGACGAACCCACCCAUCCCUGGUACUAUGCCAUGUUUGAUGGGAUUUUGGGCAUGACCAAUCCUACUCCAAAUGCUAUGGGGACAUACACACUCUUGUACCAGAUGAUGCACCAAAAGCAGAUUUCUGAACCCCUUUUCAGCUUUUACUUCUCACGCGAACCAACUGUCCAGUACGGAGGAGAACUGAUAUUGGGAGGCAUUGACACUCAGCUGUUCACUGGUGAAAUUACCUGGGCCCCCGUGGUUCAAGAGGCUUACUGGGAGAUCAAUAUUGAAGAGUUUGCCAGUGGUGACCAGGCUACUGGUUGGUGCAGUAAUAGCUCCCAGACAAUUGUGGACACUGGAAUGGUUUAUCUGGCAGUCCCAGGGAAGUACACAGGAAGUCUUCUUCAGGUUGUGGAGUCUAUCAUCUGGUGGAGAUAUACUGUAAUGUGA